AUGGCGGCCGAACCGAGAGAGGAGGAGAUCGCGAACUUCGUGAACUUUACCAGCUCGUCGCGCGAACAAGCUAUAAGCUUCUUGAAAGCUAAUAACCUCAACUCAAAUCAAGCGAUCAACGCCUAUUUCGAAGACCCGACCGGCCCUCUGACGCAGGUGAUAAACUGGACUUGCGCCUGGACACUGAGAAACACGAACUGA